AUGGAUAGCAAAUCAAAGGUAACCAAUGAUGGUCCGGAAGGCUCAGACGUACCCUGCAGCCAGAAAUCGAAGAGCUUGCUGGUAGAAAAACUGGGUAAAAAUCUACUAGGCGAUAAUGUACAAAUAAUUAUCGGGGAAACGAUUCUUCGUUGCAAUCAAACGGUGCUGGUUGCCUAUUGCGAAUUUUUCGCGAAGACUCUCAUGAUAGGCGAUUCAGUUAGGCUGUCAAUGUCGAUGGCACCCAGCACGUUCGAGUUGGCCUACACUUGGAUGAUUAACAAGAAUCCCCUGUGCCCAAGCGAUGAAAUAGUCCCCUUGCUGGUCGCCGGGCUGAUCCUGGGCUGCUCUCGACUUUCAAAAGGCAUCCUAGAAGCCUUUAACGAUCUGCAUAGCUUCUCGGCGAAGGAAGCCUACUGGUGCUACCGCGAGGCCAUGGAGAUAAACGUUGCUGGCGUGGCCCAACUGUUGCUGCCGCGUGUUAGCCAAUCUUUUCUGAUUCUAGUAGCCUCUUCGGUGUUCCGGAAACUCGAUGCGAAGCAUGUGUACGAGUUGUUAAGCUCCAACCAUCUGGCCGUGCAAUCCGAGAUCGAGGUUUUCUAUGCAGCCAUCAUUUGGCUCUACGAUGACUACCCGAAUCGGAAGAAACACAUCAAGUAUUUGCUCAGAGCGAUUAGGUUCAAUCUGUUGCCGUGUUACCUAGUGCUCCACUGGGGGGAGAAUCUGGAAGAGCUUAACUAUGAGCUGGCACAAGAGGUGCGUGUUUGCCUAACAAAGACCAUGCUAUUCCAAAUCGAAGUUUACGCGGGGGCCGAUCGCGAUUUGCCCCUGCCACGCAUUUGGAUAACAGAUCCCAUAUGUCCGUACCACAAGGACAUGGAACUGGAUGAAUACAUUCGCAUAAGUCUGAAAGAUUUCCUCUGUUACCUCAAAUUACUUCAGACUUCGGAAUCAACAUUUCUAAGCCGCAUACAGAUAUUACCGCCUAAGAAGUCGCCUGUGAAGAAAAUACUUUUCAAAAAGCCCUCGAAAAAGUAACCACCAGAUCAUGUACUGCACCCGUUUUUGGAAUUUUGAAAUUACUGCGCUGGAAGCAUGCCCGAUCCUAGGAAACGUCACACCUCCCAAAAUGAAUCAACUCUCAAUUAUCUGGAAUGCCUGCUAAUAACCAACCUCAUCUUUUUAUCUCAUCGGACGUUAUUUUCUUGUUAUAUUCAUCAGUGGAACACUUUAUCUCCUGGACUAAAUCUCCGAAAUCAGUCAUGCUCAGGUGUGUUCUCUGAGGUCAUGCUGUCCCAGUUGGUCCCGAACACAUUCCAGAAACUUAUACACAGUCCUAACCAGCCACUAAUCCGCAGCCCUAGAUGGGCCGAUCUGUGCAAUUACUUUCUAUCAGAUAUACUGUAACACAGGUGUCCACAUCGGAAUCAAGGAUCCAGCGGCGACGAUACCCGUCGUCAGCGAUGCCUAUAGCCACAAGCUCACACAAACUUCAAAACAGAACGAUAAGCGUCCUAUCAAUGACAUCAUAGUCCUGCAUGAGAGGGCGAAUGUUUUCUUUUUAAGAUGCUUUAAAAAAAUGUUAAGCAUAUGUGAAACCUUAAGAUAAUACAUUUACCUAAACCUUUUCAUAUGUGAG